CGGAAGUUGUCUAACCUAACUUCUACACGAUAUCAAAAUCCACUCAAGGUUCAGUUACGUUUAGGCUGAACUGGCUGAGACUGUUUUAACUAACCGGGUGUAGCAGAAAUCAAACGAUGGUCGUUCUGCGCAUGCUGUUCAACGCGAAGUCAACCAGGGCGUUGUUCUUCCUCCUCCUCAGCUGGGUUCCAAUCUUGGUGUUCAUCUACACGUCCAUGACCUUCCACCAGAAAGCCCGCAACGCCACACAACCGACGACUCGCGUUCAAGCCUGCGUGCACCCUACACUGCAGUUAGGAGACCCAGCCAUACUUCGGAGUACGUACACCGUGAAAGCCCCCAUUUGCACGAGCACAGACUUGGUCCAAGUUACGAACGGGACAGUCCAACUUUUAACCGACAGAGAAUGUGAUUACACCCCUAUACACAGAGUAAACGACGACAAGAUCCACUAUGGUAAAGUCGUGAAAAACAUCCCCGACGGUUUCCGGAUUUCGACGGAUUUUUUCAAAAUCUACUGCGAUCGGAAAACGGAGUACCACGCCAGUGCGGCGUUCAAGAAUGAACUCUGGAAGCGAAAGGAAGCGGAUCUUAGAGACGGGUUUGGCGGGCUCGGUAUCGCGAUGCUGGGCUUUGAUUCCGUGUCGCGGAUGGCGUGGCUGAGGCAGAUGCCGAAGACCAGGAACUACUUCCUCCAGCUGGGCGCCAUCGAGCUCCAGAGCCACAACAUCGUGGGCGACGGCACCACGGCGGUGUUUCUACCCAUGCUGACCGGCAAGUUUGAGUGGGAACUGCCGGAAUGCCGGCGGAAAUUUAAUAACGCUAAAUAUAUGGACAAGUUCCCCUUUCUGUGGCACCCGUUUAAAGACGCUGGGUACCUCACUUCUUGGUGCAACGGGGACCCGACGGCAGCGCCUUUCAACUACCGGAUGCUUGGGUUCAACCAUCAGCCCACAGACUUCUACACCCGGCCGUUCUACUUAGCCAUGAACAAGAGGAGGCAGUACCAGAACUAUUGUAUCGGCUCGGUGCUGGCCAGCCGAGUGUGGUUAAACUACUUCCGGGAUAUUUUCACCGUCUAUUAUAAGAAGCGGAAGUUCCUGAUUCACUUCCUGGUGGAGAUGAGUCACGACAACAACAAUUUGUUGAACCAGAUGGACGCAGACCUAAGGGACCUAAUUGAGUUUCUCAACAACGGCGACUAUCUGAACAACACUGUCUUGGUGCUCAUGGGGGACCACGGUGCCAGGUACCACCAGGUCAGGUACACCUGGCAAGGUAAAAUGGAAGAGAGGCUGCCCUACUUCUCCUUCCUGUUCCCCAAAUGGUUUGAAGAGAAAUACCCCGAGGCCAUCCAAAACCUGCGGACAAACACCCGUAGACUGACCACGCCUUUUGAUAUCCACGAGACGUUGAAAGAUUUUUUACAUUUUGAUGGGACGGGGGUGGGGAAUGUCUCCAAAAGAGGGAUCAGUUUGUUUAAGGAGAUUCCAUUGGAGCGGACUUGCGAGCAUGCAAAGAUUGCGCCACAUUGGUGCGCAUGUCUGGAUUGGAAGAAAGUCUCUUUUAAAGAUAAAAAAGUGAAAAGAGCGCUAAGCGUGGCGCUGAAAACAAUCAACGGCUUCACCCAGCGUUACAGGAAAGAGUGUGCCUUGCUGUCCGUUCAAAGUAUCGACGCCGCCGUCACCUACGAAACCAGGAAAGAGAUCCUCAAAUUUUUACACACCGACACCAACGGCGGAAUCUACAAGGUCAACCUGACCCACAACGGUCAGAACGAGCUGGCCUUGUACCAGCUGACCUUCACUACUUCCCCCGGCGGGGGUCAGUUCGAGGUCACGGUCACGAACGACAUUGCCCGGAAACAGUACCACCUGCCGGAAGACCAAAUCAGCCGGAUAAACAAAUAUGGCGACGAUCCCAAGUGUAUUUUGGAGAAGAACAGACAACUCCGUGCAUACUGUUACUGCAACAACACCAACCAGACGGAAAGCGCUGUGUAACACCCCCCCCCCCACACCGACAAUGCCCCUAAAAAAUAACAGUUUAGUCGUUAUCUCGUUAUUUUUCAUCAGUAUAUUCGUGAUUUUGCUCCAUCUGUUUCUCUUCCACAAUGCUAUACUAUAUUAUAUUUAGACCAUCGCAAGCCGGUAGCUAACAAUUUGUGUCAAAUUUAGUUGUUACUUGC